AGCACACACCGAACAUUGAAAACGCAUGACUGCGCCCUGUCUCACCCCGCAAAGAACAUUGGGAAAUGCAGUUUGUUAAGGGUGCUGGGGGGGGGCAUUGCAGCUUUUUGAGGGAUAAGCUACAGUUCCCAGGAUUCUUUGGGGUGGAGAGUUGUGUGCUUUAACUAAAUGGUGUGUACAUGGCCUUAAAGUCUCUGGGUUAGCAGAAAACUACAGCCGUUGCUUUGGUAACAACGAUCCCCUCCCUGACCUGUUCCAGCCCAGCUUUUGUUUCUUUCUUGACUUGGCCAGGAGGCAGAAGGCAUGUGUUUGUGGGGAGGCAGAGGAGAGAGAGAUAGAAUGGCUGACCCUUGUCCCUGUGGACCCUCCUCCUGCGACUGCUUCGUCUCUCUUCCCCCAGCCUCUGCGGCCAGAGAGGUCAUAUUUGGCAAGAAUUCUGACCGUCCGAGGGAUGAAGUCCAAGAGGUAGUCUAUUUCCCAGCCAGAAGCCAUGCCAAGGGGGCAAAGGUCCAGUGCACAUAUAUUGAAGUGGACCAGGUUGAGAAGACCCAUGCGGUCAUUCUCAGCCGACCAGCCUGGCUCUGGGGAGCCGAGAUGGGGGCCAACGAGCACGGGGUCUGCAUCGGCAAUGAAGGGGUGUGGACCAAGGAGCCCGUGGCAGAGGAAGAAGCCUUGCUGGGCAUGGAUCUGGUCAGGCUCGGUUUGGAGCAGAGCAGCAGUGCCCAGGAAGCAGUCCAGGUUAUAACAACCCUCCUGGAACGUUACGGCCAAGGGGGCAGUUGCAAGGAGGAGCCGACCCCCUUCAUUUACCACAACACCUUCCUCCUUGCGGAUCGCACUGAAGCCUGGGUUGUAGAAACAGCCGGGCGGUUUUGGGCGGCUCAAAGGAUUCGAGAAGGUGCCCGGAACAUUUCCAACCAGCUGAGCAUUGAUACCGACAUUACCUCUGAGCAUGCGGGCCUCAGGCAACAUGCCCGGGAGCAGGGAUGGUGGAGUGGCCAAGGGGCGUUCAGCUUCCUGGAGGUGUUCUCUCUCACCCACCAGCCUGUGCGCAUGGAGGCGGCCAAAGCUCGCUAUUGUGCUGGCCAGCAGCUGCUGCACCAACAUUCAGGGCAGAUCACCGCAGAGACCAUUAUGACCAUCUUGAGUGACAAGGCCAGCGGGAUCUGCGUCGAUUCGGAAGGUUUCUGCACCACGGGAAGCAUGGUGUCCGUCCUGCCGCAGGAUCCCCACCUGCCUUGCAUCCACUUCUUCACGGCCACGCCAGACCCUUCCAGGUCGAUCUUCAAACCCUUCAUCUUCGUUCCCAACGUCACUUUCUUUCCCCAAGUGCAAUCGCCGACCUUUGGCGACAAAGACCCCGUCAGGGAGACGCCCAGGUUUCAGAGACGGGUGGACCGACGGCACAAUCUCUACAGGGAACACCAGUUAGUCCUGGACACCAUGGACCGCAAUGAGCAUGAGCGCCAGAGACUCCAAGAGAUUAUGCGGAAAUUUCAGCGGCAAGCCCUGGAGGCCAUGAAGAACCUGCUGGCGGGCUCCUUCACUCUGAAACCCCAGGAGCUGGCUGACCUCUUCUAUGACUGUGUGGUCACAGAAAUCAAGUUAUAUAAACAGUAAGAUCCCUAUCAGGGCAGAGAGAUUGAGGUUCGUUCCCGAGACCACUGAGAGUUCCAUGUGUGAAACAAAACCCUACUUGGAUUAUAUGAUAUGAUAAUGCUGCACCUUU